UCAGUCAUAAGUGACUGACACUCUACCAGCUCGUGUAACUUGUCUAUAACACCUAAAGUUCAAGUCUUUCUUUUAUUCGCUCUUCACAUCUAUUUAAUUCUUGCCUUACAUUGCAUUUGCAUUUCAUUACAUGCCCACCUUGAUAACUGUACUAUAGCUACGAUCAAACAUAGCUACAUCUCCCAAGGACUCAGUACCUUGCAGACAUCGUAGAUUAUUUAUCUGUAUCCGUUUUGCUUACCACAAAACAAUGCCUUAAGACAGUCGUGAAUCUACCUCUCUACCCCGUUCCCCAAAAAAUGAGAUACAUUACACCCAAGAAACAGUGUUCCUCUCCAGUCUCCACCCCCCCAAAGCUCCCAUACUGAUACUUCCCCUUGUCUGUUCCAAUAGAUCUGUGGAAUCGAUACCUCGAGGCUGUCGCAGGACUUCGGUCGUGUUAGUCUUCUGGUUUCCCUUGGCAUUUCUCCCAAUGAGAGAUCUCCCGUGGACACCCGCACACGGAGGUGGUUCCACGUUGCGUGAACGCGCGUCCGCGGUCGAGGACGUCGACGACUGCCGCGGAGGAAGAGGACACCGUCGAUAUCGACCGUGGGGAUGGCCGGGAGGGAGGAGGGCGAGGGCGAGGGCGCAGCCGCCGUCUCUCCGCGGAAAACUAGGCCAACGCUGCGCGAAGUCGGCCGUCGCUGUAUCAACAUCUUCAGAGCCUUCUGUGCCGGGGACGUGAUCGUUGCAGGCGGGGCAGCCGCGUCAGCAGCCCCCUUCCCAGCCACCGCCUGUCGCGAGGCGCAGCUCCCGACCAUGGGCAACCUGCAGAGCGACGCCAAGAAGAAGACCAAGAAGUCCAAAGGCGGCGUAGACGGGACACCCAGCGCUCACGGCUCCGUCGCCGACGGCCUCGAGGAUGGAGCCGAUACACCGGACGACGGGGAUGCGGCGGAAACGGAGGAGACGCCUGCUAAAACGCCACAUGGCUCGGGGAAGACGGAAGAGGUUCAAAGGAUCGGGUUCGAGAAGAUGCGAGCCCCUCAUCACGGCAAACGGCAGGCUCCUAGACCACCUGGACCCACCGAGAGAAAGGUCCAGCAGGUCGAAGCUGAGCCUGCUGAGAAGCCGUCGCAGGAUGCCCAGGAGAAGUUGGAAGACGAGACCAGGUCUCAGCGAUCAGUAGACACGGUUGAAUCGACGACAACGAAAACAGAGGUAGAAUCGCCAAAGACGCUGUUGAUACCGGUCUCUGUUCCCAAUCAGCGUCAGGGGCCAGCGAUUCUAAUAACGGACUCGUGGCGACUAGCCAACAAGGGUUGCGUGGUGACGGAGAUCUCGAUGCCAACCAGCCAGGAAUCCUCCAGUGAUAGCGUGUUCACCGAUCCCGAGGAGCUUGCUGAAAGCGCGAAGAAGGGCCUGCCUACGGUGACCUCCUCGUCCUCGAUAGUUCCGAAUCAAGAUGGCGAGCAGACCCGAUUAUCUCCUCUAACUGAGAGACGACUCGUCGACACCCUGAUCUCAGCCUUGCCAGAGCAUCUGAAGUCGAGACUCACGGAGAAUGAAGUCGAACAGUUCGCGUCCAGACUCUUCUCCAGGCUCGUCUCAGACGGCCUUCUUGACGCCAUUACUUUGGACAGCAGAGUGGAGAACAAAGAAUUAGUGGAAGAUCACCCCGAGCAUAAGAAAGUUUCACCUCCAUGCUCCAGUCCAAUUACAGAAGAAGCAUCAGCGAAGGAUCGUCGAGACUCUGAAAAGGAAACAUUAAGGCGGGAGAUCGAGCGACUUCGGGAACUGACAAAGAAUGCAGACAGGACCACCCAAGGUAAAUCUACGCAGACGUCCCCCACGGCAGCCUUUCUGCAGGAAAGUCCUGGGACCAUCACCUCGAGGACAAAAGGUUCGGGAAAUGCGACGUCACCGUCGGAGGCAUCGAGUGUCCAGGUUAUUCCCGAGGAACCUUCAACGACUACCGCCCCAACGCUGAUUACAAAUGGCUACAAGGAUACCAGAGACGUUAGGGACGACACAUCUCGAAUCAUGCGGCUAUCGACGUCACUAUCAUCGCCAGCUUCUCCACCUCCGUCAAUUUCAUCGCAACCCGAAUUUUCAAACGCUCCUCCUCCUCCCGCGCCACCGCCUCCGCCGCCAUCACCCUUUCUGGAUCACCGUGCUCCCGAUAACUCGUCUUCGAUUCCAUCGACUCUUCCUCCCUCGUUUUCCGUACCGCCUCCACCGCCAUUACCCGUUUGUCCACUAUCGUCACAGCCGCUUUCUUCGCUAAGUAUCGCUUCCGAAACGAGAAUACCACCACCUCCACCGCCACCUGCAUCGCCACAGCCACCGUUGCAACCAUUGUCUCGAGAAACACCCAUGUCACCGCCUGCUCCACCGCCACCUCCGCCACCUCCGCCACCUCCGUCUCCAGCACCGUCGAUGUUCUCGAUAAUAGGAGCACCCCCGCCGCCACCUCCUCCACCCCCUCCGCCAUCGUUAUUCGCAUCCUCGAUCGGUGGAAUACUCGAAAGCUCAUCUGUUCCUCCACCUCCACCUCCUCCUCCACCGCCGUCGAUAAGUGCCAUGGUAAGACCUCCCAUUCCUCCUCCUCCGCCACCGCCACCAACGCCUUCAAUCGGUGGAAUACCACCACCUCCUCCUCCUCCACCUGUUGCUGGUCUACUCGGAGGACCUCCUCCUCCUCCUCCACUGCCAUCUAUUGGAAUACCUGGAGGGCCACCGCCUCCGCCGCCGCCGCCGCCGUUAAUGGGAAUACCAGGAGGACCCCCGCCACCUCCACCUCCGCCAGGUUUAGCAGGAGGACCCCCGCCACCUCCACCUCCGCCAGGUUUAGCAGGAGGACCCCCGCCACCUCCACCUCCGCCAGGUUUAGCAGGAGCGGGGCAAUCGUCUAGCCCGUGUCCUCUACCUCCUCCACCUGUUGGAGGUUGGAAUCCACCGGGCAGAGCGUGCAUGAGGAAAGAACCCCUGUGCCCCGAUGUGCCCAUGAAGCCGCUCUAUUGGACGAGGCUGCUGGUACCAGUGGUACCGACAGAACGUGCAUCCGUCGGCAACUCGGACUCCCCUGCACAGGUUCCACUGUGGAUGGAGCUAGAGGAAGAGAAAAAUGUAGACAUGAAAGAGUUCGCCGGUCUUUUUUCGCGUCAAGCGACCGAGAGAAAGCCCGUAAAAAAGGCGGUCGAUUCUUCGAAACCAUCUAAAGUCCAGCCAGCGAAGAUUCUCGACUCGAAGCGCUCGAAAACCGUGGGCAUCCUCGAGAAGAGUCUCCACGUGGACUUCUGUGAAGUGGAGAACGCGGUGUACAAUUUGGACACGAGUGCCGUCAGCCUGGAGGCGUUGCAACAAAUAUACGAAAUCAGGCCAACGCAGAAGGAAUUGGAAGACAUACAAGCCUUCGAGGAAGCGAGCCCAGACGUUCCUCUAGAUCGACCAGAAAUCUUCCUGAAGAAGCUCUCGUCUAUAAAUUGCUUCACGGAGAGGAUAGCCUGUCUGAUGUUUCAAACCGAAUUCCAGGACGCGAUAUCUUCGGUAUCAUCGAAGUUGACGAACAUGCGAACCACCUGCGACUUUCUUCGGAGCUCCAGCUCCCUGAAGAAGGUCAUAGCGUUGAUCCUCACCCUCGGUAAUUACAUGAACGGCGGAAACAGAAUGCGGGGACAGGCAGACGGUUUCGGUCUUGAAAUUCUGGGCAAGUUGAAGGACGUGAAAUCGAACGUGCCUGGUAUAACUUUGCUUCACUACGUUGUGAGGGCUAGACUGGCUCAGGAGAAGGACCAUAAUUUCGAGGAACCAUUGCCUCUGCCCAUUCCUGAGCCAGCGGAUGUCGAAGCCGCCUCGAAUAUCAACUUCGACAACAUCUCGGCAGAGCUUGACAGGUUACAGGCAGAAUUGCAAGCUUGCACCAAAAAGUGCAACAAAGUCGUGGAAGAAGACCCAGCUACAUCGGGGCCAUUCAAAACGAAAAUGGAUUCGUUCUUCCACGAAGCGUCUGUGGAAUUAGGGAACGAACAGGAGGCAUUGCAAGAAGCUAGAAAUAAAUUCAAAGCUGUGAUGCAAUUCUACCAGUACACCCCUAAAGGUACCACGCUGGACGCAGCUGAUCCCAAUGCAUUUUUCAUUCUGUGGCUCGGUUUCUGUGUGGACUUUAAGGAUAUCUGGAAAAAAGAACAACAACGAAUACGGAAGGAACGAAUGCAGGAGAUACGGAAGAAGUACGAAAGUAAGACCAAAGUGGAGAAACUGAAAUUGAAUGCCACGGGUUUGAAGGCACGGCUUCAAAAGCACUUGCGCAAGUAGUGUCAUAGGAUCACCGUUUUUGGUGCAUCGGUGCUUGGAACGAGGCGCAUAGUAAUGGUUUUCGAGCGUGGGCAAUCCGACUGUUGGAUCGAUCGUCCGUUCGAUCCGUCCCUCUUUAUGGCACUAAUUUCGACGAAGUAACGAGUCUAUUUCGUAGAUAUAUACAUUCCUUUUUGUCAAUUUGUUACUGUAAAUAGUCUCGUUAAGUUUGCACGCACAAUUUGUAUAUACGAUGUUCCGCGAUCAAGAGAAUUCGAUCAUUAAUAAAUAAUACAUUUUUAUACGAAAAAGGCGUAUACCAGCGAGCUCAUAAUUCACCAUGGCUGGUGUUGUUUUUCCCCAACCAUUCUCGAUACAUUUCCUUCUGUGGCGACCGACUUUCGUCGACACAGCUGCGGUAGCAUCGGAAUGUCCAUCGCGCCGCUUCGCGAGCGACAUUGUAUGCGAUCGGCGGCGCCGUUCAAUCGCCGAUGAGCUCGACAGCGAAGACGGGUAGAAUUAGUUCACCACGAGACACGCUACCGUUAGCACCAGCGAAUAAAAACGUACGAAACGAA